CGCAUAACAAGAAGAUGGUACCAGAUCUGGGACCAGGCUGGAGUUGUUCUGCGCAUGCGCAGAAACGUAAUUCCGAUACGACACGUACAACGGGUUUGUGUUUCAUUUAAAAGGUUUACAACUGUAAAUCUAUGUAAAGAAAGCUUUUUAUCAUUUGAAAUCCAAAACAUGAGCACACUAUGGAUGGGAAACUUAGAGCCCUACAUGGACGAGAAGUUCAUUACCCGAGCCUUCGGCACCAUGGGGGAGUUGGUGGUGAGUGUACGGAUUAUACGCAACAAGAUGACUGGUAGGGGUGCAGCAGGCUACUGCUUCGUGGAGCUGACAGAUGAAGCCACAGCUGAGAGGUGUCUUCGUAAAGUCAAUGGAAAAGCACUACCAGGAGCCACACCGCCUAGAAGAUUCAAGUUAAACCGGGCCACCUUUGGGAAGCAAGGAGAAAGCGGUCCACUCUAUUCUCUGUUUGUUGGAGAUCUCACACCUGAAGUAGAUGACGGGAUGCUGUACGAGUUCUUCUACAACCGCUACCCUUCCUGUCGUGGGGGGAAGGUGGUGCUGGAUGGCACGGGGAACUCCAAGGGUUGUGGGUUUGUCCAGUUCCCAGACCAGAGGCUUCAGAAGCUGGCGCUGGAGGAGUGUCAGGGAGCAGUGGGACUCGGGAGCAAGCCCUUACGACUGAGCCUAGCUGCUAACAAAACUCGACAUAAUCAAUCAGACAACAGGGGCUGGGGGUCACACGGAGGAGGCUACAGACACAACCAGAACCAAUACAAUCAGCACAAUCAACAGCCGUACGGUAGUGGCUGGGGCUCUUGGGGCUACGACCAAAAUGGAGGCAACUACGGUGGCUACAACUACAGCCAGUAUGAUUACUCACAGAAUCCUGCACAGGAAAAUGAAGCUUUUGAAGAUGAUGGUCUGGAAGAUCCUAACCCAGAGCUGGAUGUGGUGGAAGCCAACAGGAAGUUUAUGGAACACAGUGAGGAAUUGUAUGACGCCCUUAUCGAGUGCCACUGGCAACCCUUGGAAUCCUCGGAACAAACCUUUGGAACCCCGAGUACCCUUCCAGAACCUGUCUACUGUUGAGGCAAUAUCCUCUUGCCAUUUCAUAUUAUAUUCUGUAGGCUAAAAACAUAUCCCCAGUCCUUGACCAUAACUGACAUUUGCGCAUCUAUUAACAUAUUUUAUUUCUUUUUUUAAAGUAAACAGUGGACACCUGGCCUGUCCUGUACCGAAGAAUAGCAUCCCAUUUUCAUGUCAUUUUUACAUUUACAUUUUAGUCAUUUAGCAGAUGCUCUUAUCCAGAGCGACUUACAGUAGUGAAUGCAUGCAUUUCUUUUUUUUUCCCCGUAAUGGUCCCCCGUGGGAAUCGAACCCACAACCCUGGUGUUGCAAACACCAUGCUCUACCAACUGAGCCACACGGGACCACAUGUCUUAUGCUUUGUUAAACCGCAAAGAUGCCCGUAUCCCAAAUGGCCCUCUAUUCACUAUUAAGUGCAGCAUAGCUUUUUUUUGACAGGGCCCGAAGGUCACUGGUCAAAAGUAGUGCACUAUAUAGGGAAUUAGAGAGCCAUUUCAGUGUUUUUAAAUGUUUUUUUUAUUGUAUUUUCCCUUCCCAAUUGAGGAGUAAGUGAUUGAGUAAUCUGCAGUGUUACACUGCCUUCUGUCUGUUUCCAUAUGUGUUUGUAAAGUAAGAAUAAACAUAUGUAUCAUGUUGUCAGGUAGAAA